UGCGACCAAAAGGUUCAAAGUGUUUAGCUAUAAAGUGAAAAGAUCCAAUCUUUUCCGUAUUUAAUAAAAUUAAGGAUUAGGGUUUGGUGGUGCGCUUGAAAUGGAAGAAAUCACAGAGGGAGUUAAUAACAUCAACAUAGGAGCAGGAGCAGAUUUACUUAAGAAAAACCGAAUUCAAGUCUCCAACACCAAGAAACCCUUGUUCUUCUAUGUCAAUCUCGCCAAGAGGUAUAUGCAGCAGCACAAUGAAGUGGAACUAUCUGCACUUGGCAUGGCUAUUGCCACCGUUGUCACUGUUGCAGAGAUUCUGAAGAACAAUGGAUUGGCUGUUGAAAAGAAGAUUAUGACUUCAACUGUUGAUAUGAAAGAUGAAAUGAGAGGACGGCCUGUCCAAAAAGCAAAGAUCGAGAUAGUGCUGGGGAAGACUGAAAACUUUGACGAGUUGAUGGCUGCUGCGGCUGAAGAAAGGGACAUUAUAGAGGGUGAAGAGCAAAGUUGAAAAUGAAUUGUUUUGCAGUAGUUAAAUGGGUUUGUUUUUGAAGAAUUAUUUGAUCUCAUUUCAUUAGUCAAUUUCUAAGAUGGUUAAGAGAUGUGAUGUCAAAUAGGUUCACAGAAGUGUGACAAUUUUGUUGUUCUUGAGGAGUGGAAACAAGAUCUGUUUGCUAUCCAAGAUUCAAUUUUUUUUA